AUGGCAACUGACUUUGACCCUUCCAAUGUCGACCUCAACACAGCUGACCCGGCCCAAGUCGUCUGCUACUUGAAAGCUGGCGGCAAUGAAUACAAUGGCCACAUGGGAGCACGUAUCUCGGCCAUCUUCGUCAUCCUGAUCUGUUCCACAUUGGCAACCCUCUUCCCUGUCAUCGCCCGUCGCUCACCGCGCCUCAAGAUCCCCGUGUAUGUCUACCUGUUUGCUCGCUACUUUGGUACAGGAGUAAUUCUGGCAACUGCAUUUGUGCACUUACUUGAUCCGGCUUAUGAUGAGAUUGGUCCCGAUAGCUGUGUUGGCAUGACGGGUGGUUGGGCUGAGUACUCCUGGCCACCGGCUAUUGUGUUGGCUUCUAUCACGGUCAUCUUCCUGAUGGACUUUGGUGCUGAGCUCUAUGUUGAGUCCAAAUAUGGCGAACAUGACCACUCUCUACCGGAGAACGUCAACGAUACAGCUACUGCAAGCAACAACAAACUCGAAAACAAUAACAACACCACCACGAUCAAAGCCUGGGACACUUUGAGUGACAUGGACUCCGUCACCGCCGAGAAAUCAUUCAAACAACAAAUCGCCGCUUUCCUCAUCCUCGAGUUUGGCGUAAUCUUCCACUCUGUGAUCAUCGGACUCAACUUGGGUGUUGCCGGAGAUGAGUUCAGUACCUUGUACCCCGUCCUGGUCUUCCAUCAGAGCUUUGAAGGCCUCGGUAUCGGUGCUAGAAUGUCUGCCAUCCCCUUCAAGCGCAGUAGUUGGUUGCCCUGGAUCUUCAGUGCUGUAUACGGUCUCACAACACCCAUCGCAAUCGCAAUUGGAUUAGGGCUACGGAAGACGUAUAACCCUGGCUCCAACACGGCUAACAUCGUCUCUGGUGUCUUUGAUUCUAUUUCUGCGGGUAUCUUGAUUUAUACUGCUUUGGUGGAAUUGUUGGCUAGGGAUUUCUUGUUUGAUCCUUGCAGGACUAAUGAUCGUCGGAGGUUGGCUUUCAUGGUUAUUACUACGAUUUUGGGAACGGGUGUCAUGGCGCUCUUGGGCAAAUGGGCUUAG